CCCCAUGCCACCUCACGCUUAGGAAGCGCCUGAUGGCUGGGGCUAAGGAGGAUCUGCGCUAAAAGGCUGGCGGAGAAAAAGCGAGGACUCGCAUUGUGUGAGCGCCAGCCAGGAGCAGAAUCCUCCGAAAGGAAGGACGCACCGUUUAUCGCCCCUGCCUUAUAAGCGGGCUGCCAGCCCUCUAGACAUCAGCCCGCCAAACUUGCUCUCCCUUAUCUCUAUCCUUUUUUCCACCUCUAUUCAGUUUUUUCUUAUUCUCCUAACGGACAAGAUACUCAUAAUGGCCAGCUUACUCAGGGCUGCUCGUAACCAAGCCGUCCGCCAGCGCGCGGCCGCCGGUCUGCUGUCUCGCAGCGCCGCUACUCUGUCGGUGCGUGCCCCAGCCGCGCUGUCAGCUCACAUCGCCAGCGUGCGGUACAAGUCGACGGCCAGCGGCCCGCCGCACCCGAGCGAGUCGUUCCUGUCGGGCAACGUGGCACCGUAUAUUGACGAAAUGUACGAGGCAUACGUACGGGAUCCGAAUUCAGUGCACGCGAGCUGGCGUGCGUAUUUCAAGAACGUCGACAGCGGACUCAAGCCCGGGCAGGCGUUCCAGACCCCUCCCGACCUGAUCGCCUCGACUGCGAUUAACCCCGCCAGCGACACUGCUUCGAAUCUGUCGAGUCUGCGUGGCAGUCCCGAAAUUGUCGACCAUCUCAAGGUGCAGCUGAUGGCACGUGCCUACCAGGUGCGCGGCCAUCACCUGGCCAAGCUGGACCCGCUGGGGAUCCAGACGCCCGAGCGGUUGAACGUGUCGGCGAACGAGCUGCACCCGAGCUACUACGGCUUCACCGAGAAGGACAUGGACCGCAAGUUCACGCUGGGUCCCGGCGUGCUGCAGAACUUUGCCAAGGCCGGGUACAAGGAGAUGACGCUGCGCGAUAUUGUGGCCAAGCUCGAGCAGGUGUACUGCGGGUCGCUGGGCGUCGAGUACACGCACAUUGCGGACCGCGGCGAGUGCGACUGGAUCCGCGAGCGCUUCGAGGUGCCGAACCGCUUCAACUUUGCCAAGGAGCAGAAGGCGCGCAUCGUGGACCGUCUGAUCUGGGGCAGCAGCUUCGAGAAGUUUGCGUCCACCAAGUGGCCCAGCCAGAAGCGCUUCGGCCUCGAGGGCUGCGAGUCCAUGAUUCCGGGUCUGAAGGAGCUCAUCGAUACGUCGGUCGACCUUGGCGUCGAGUCCAUCGUCAUGGGCAUGGCUCACCGUGGCCGUCUCAACGUGCUCAGCAACGUCGUGCGCAAGCCGAACGAGUCGAUCUUCUGCGAGUUCUCGGGUGAGCUCGAGCCCAGCAAGGAGGGCUCCGGCGACGCCAAGUACCACAUGGGCAUGAACUUUGACCGCCCGACUCCCAACGGCAAGCGCGUGCACCUGUCGCUGCUGGCCAACCCGUCGCACCUGGAGACCACCGACCCGGUGGUGCUGGGCAAGACGCGCGCGCUGCAGCUGUACACCAACGACACUGAGCGCCACCGCACCAUGCCGCUGCUCAUCCACGGCGAUGCUGCGUUCGCUGCCCAGGGCGUGGUCUACGAGACCAUGGGCUUCGCCGACCUCCCCGGUUACGCCACUGGUGGUACUGUCCACGUGAUUGUCAACAACCAGAUCGGCUUCACCACCGACCCGCGGUUCGCGCGCUCGACCCAGCACCCGUCCGAGGUGGCCAAGUCGGUCGGUGCUCCGAUCGUGCACGUCAACGCCGACGACACCGAGUCCGUAGUGUUUGCGUUUAUGUUCGCGGCCGAGUGGCGCCAGACCUUCCACAAGGACAUCGUCAUUGAUCUUGUGGGCUACCGCCGCCACGGCCACAACGAGGCCGAUCAGCCGUCGUUCACGCAGCCGCUGAUGUACAAGAAGAUCAAGCAGCAGCGCCCGGUGCUGGAUCAGUACGUGGACCAGCUGAUUGCCGAGGGCACCUUCACCAAGGCCGAGAUCGACGACAUGAAGGCGCGUGUGUGGAGCAUCCUCGACGAGUCGUACAAGAACAGCAAGGACUACAAGCCGUCCAGCACCGAGUGGCUGUCGUCGGCCUGGCCUGGAUUCAAGUCGCUGGCGGAGCUGGCGACCGAGGUCACGCCGUCGUACCCGACCGGCGCGCCCGAGAACGUGGUCGAGCAUGUGGCCAAGUUCAUUUCGACCGUGCCGUCCGACUUCAACCUGCACCCGCUGCUGAAGAAGAUCUUCAAGGCGCGCGCGGAUGCGCUCGAGAGCGGCAAGGGCAUCGACUGGGCCGCCGCCGAAGCGCUGGCCUUUGGCACGCUGCUGCUGGAGGGCAAGCACGUGCGUCUCAGUGGCCAGGAUGUCGAGCGCGGCACGUUCUCGCACCGCCACGCAGUGCUGCAUGACCAGGCCAACGAGCGCCAGUACGUGCAGCUCAACAACCUGAGCCCGACGCAGGCGCCGUUCUCGGUCAGCAACUCGUCGCUGUCAGAGUACGGUGUGCUGGGCUACGAGCUCGGCUACUCGCUGGCGAACCCGAACGCGCUGGUGAUGUGGGAGGCGCAGUUUGGUGACUUUGCCAACACGGCCCAGGUGAUCAUCGACCAGUACCUGGCUGCGGGCGAGAAGAAGUGGCUGCAGCGCACGGGCCUGACCAUGCUCCUGCCGCACGGCUUCGACGGCCAGGGCUCUGAGCACUCGUCUGCGCGCCUCGAGCGCUACCUGCAGCUGUGCGACGAGCACCCGUACAUCUUCCCGUCGGCCGAGAAGCUGUCGCGCCAGCACCAGGACUGCAACAUGCAGGUCGUGUAUCCGACCACCCCGGCCAACUACUUCCAUGUGCUGCGUCGCCAGGUGUACCGCGACUACCGCAAGCCGCUGGUGGUGAUGACGUCGAAGAAGCAGCUGCGGUUCCCGCUGUGCAAGUCGUCGCUGGACGAGAUGUUGGGCAACACGUUCUUCCAGCGGUACAUCCCCGAGCCGCACCCGACCGAGGGCGAGUUCACGCUGGUCGAGCCCGAGAAGAUCCGCACGCACAUUCUGUGCACAGGCCAGGUGUACUACACGCUCCUGCAGGCGCGCGAGCUGAACAACGUGCGCGACGUGGCGAUCUCGCGUGUCGAGCAGCUGCACCCGUUCCCGUGGGACCUGGUGCGCGACCACAUCGAGAAGUACCCCAACUGCGAGUUUGUGUGGGCGCAGGAGGAGCCGCUGAACAUGGGCUCGUGGGCGCACAUUGAGCCGCGUCUGCGCACCAUCUUCAACAACACCGAGAACCACGCCGGCAAGGCCAUCCGCUAUGCGGGCCGCGACCCGUCGGGACCGGUCGCUACUGGUAACCACAAGCAGCACGUGUUUGAGGAGUGGGCGUUCACGUCGCAGGCGCUGUUCGGCGAGGCACGGAAACCGGUCGAUGUUGUGUCGGGUGUGCCCAAGUGGGAGUAGAUUCCAGUUCAAAAUGUCUCUUUUUCAGACGAGUCCUUUGUUUCUUGGCUGCUCUUGUAGAAGCUGUGCUAGCCUUUUUUCCUAUCCAUUCAUUUUCCCCCUUUACAAAAUGCAAACCAUUCAACAAUUUAUUUGCUUGGUUACAG